CAUGCUUUACAGCGGGUCUCUUCUUCCUGCCCACCUAUAUCUUCCGGGAUAUUUAGCUAACAUGGGCUUUCGUUCUUCUAACUAAGGAGGGAGGUACAUAGCGCCAUCUAGAGAACUAGUCCGACCCCAACUAGACCGUGUUCAUGAGAUGAGCAAUACAUGGAAUACACUACUAACAACGGUGGAGAUGCGAUGCGUCCUAUGACUCCUAUCUGUCAUUUGUUUCCAUUAUCGUGUUCGGUGGUGCAAAAGAAGUGUUGUGAGGCCGCAUCCAGAGUUAAAUGUAGUGUGUGUUUUACACAAACCCUAGCACCGCCUACAAUGCAAUUAUCUUGGACAGUCAUACCUAAUGUGGACUAAUAUUGAACUUCGCGAUUGGAGCGUUUCUGGUUUAGGCGUAAGGCUGCGUCCUGCGAAUGGGGAAGCAACUUCGUGCCUCAUCCUCCCGGGUGAAACUUAGAUUUGCUUUAAAUCGGUGAUAUGGAGGAGAGUUCAGCGUUAGAGAACGCCUGUCGCGAGAAGGACGCAGUAAUCUCGACCCUGGAGAGGGAAGUCGCCGAACAGAAGGAGCUGCGAGCGCGGGAUGCUCGCCAGGUGGAAACCAAGGCCCAGCGCAUCAAGGAAUGGGUGGCACAUAAACUCAGGGAACUGGAACUUCAGAACGCGCAUCUCCAGGAGCAGAACCAGAAGUGCAACGAACAGCUGGAGUUGCUGAAGAGCCGUCUGCUCCAGCUAUCUCAACUGAGCCUGGCCGACCAGCGACCUCUGGACGAGGACGAAGCCCCACCGGCUUACAGUGCUGUGGACUUCUCGCGUAAAACGAGUGCAUCCAAUCCCCCGAGACAUCCUCCCGGAGUGCGACUGGAGCGGAAACGUUACCGCGAGGUCUCAGUGGCCAGUUCGUCAGACAUGGAGUCUCUGCAGCAGGCAGAGGACAGCCACAAGUUGGAGUUCCCCACACGCAAGGUUCCCCCGGACGAGGACCUUCACGACUAUGCAGAGAUCUAUACGCCGAGCAAGGAAGUGGCAGAAUUUACUCUGACGGAACGACCCCCGACACCACCCUUGCAUCGCUUUCCUUCCUGGGAAUCCCGCAUCUACGAAGUGGCCACCAAUGGGAUAAGCAGGUCCUUCACACCUGUGCCAUCAGGUAAGAACACCAUCAUUUGUGAGGCCGGUGCAGACAAUCAUAUCUGCGGCUUGCCAGGGUCGAGCGGGAUCUCUACGCUGGAGAGUCGCACGAAUGGUGGGGCCUUCACGCAGCUCAACGUGCCCGUCUACGCUGCCAUCAAGGGGAGAGCGUCGCAAAUCCGUUCCGUGCCCUUCACGGGCGACUCGUCCGAUUCUUCGGACAACGAAGAGAACACGCGUGCCACAACGAGCGGCGCCGACACGGAGUCCACUCUGUCCACGUACAGUCCCCGUGGAACGUGCUCACCUAUCAAGUACAGAGACACGUCGGCAGAGUCAGUGUUGUCGGAGGACUACGCUGUACCGCCGGACGCGAUAUCGACUGACGCCAUCAGUACAGAUUCCCUAGACCCCUUGGUUGAGUGCAGCCCAAGAAAGGAAUCGCUGGAAAAAAGCGGGUAUCUCACGAAGCUGGGCGGGAAGCUGAAGACGUGGAAAAGGCGAUGGUUUGUGCUCAAGAAUGGAGCAUUGCGUUACUACAAGUCUCAGUGUGACGUGAACAGAAAACCGCAGGGCCAGAUCGCUCUUGACCAGGUGUGCCGAGUGACAAGGGCUGAGGGGGCCACAACAUUUGAGAUUGCCACAGAGAAGAGGUCCUUCUAUUUAACCGCCGACUCCGCUUCAGCCAUGGAAGAAUGGGUCAAGGUUCUCCAAAGUGUCCUGCGGAGGAAUGCCACGAGACUCUUGCUGAGUCGAGAGGACCACAAGCCAGCGAUAGAAGGAUGGCUCACGAAGGUGAAGCACGGUCACCCGCGCCGAGUUUGGUGCGUGCUCAUCGGCAGGCUGUUGCUCUACUUCAAGACGGCCAGUGACACGACACCCAUGGGGCAGAUCAACAUGCGGGAUGCUCACGUGGAGGAAGUGGUGCACAUGUCAGACAGUGAUGAGGAGGGUGAAGAAGGAGGGUGUUCCCAGUUCACCAUUGGCAUCUUCCCGCCACAUCAAAGCCCUACUUAUCUGCUCAUGGCCAACAAGCAGGAACUGGACACGUGGCUCUACCACUUCACCGUGGUGUCGUCGGGCGAGAACAUCGCGGGUACAUCGUACGAACAGCUCAUCAGCAAACUCAUGGAAGUGGACGGAGAUGAGGGCAGUGUCAUCUGGAAACACCCUCUCCUCCUCUAUUCUAAGGAGAGUAUAUCGCAACCACUGACGACGCUGCCUUCAGAAGCCCUGCAGACCGAGGCCGUCAAGCUGUUUAAAUCAAUCCAGCUGUUCAUCUCGGUGCCAUUAGAUGCUUCUGGCAUUGACUACCAUGUCGCCCUGGCCCAAAAUGCCCUGGCUCAGUGUUUGGGAUCACCUGAACUGCAGAAUGAACUCGUCUGUCAACUCAUCAAGCAGACGUCCCGCCACUCACAGCAGAAAGUAGGAGUCCAGCAACUUCUCCUGUGUGCAACCCAGUCUUUGUUCUUGUGCGACACGUCAUCAUCAUCUUCAACGGACAAAGGAUCCCCAACAUCUUCUUGCCCACCCGAGAAGACCCCCUGUCCUGAAAGCAAGCUCAAUCCUCCCCAGUUUGUUUUCAUUCAAGGCUGGCAACUUCUAGCACUCACCGUCUCGCUCUUUGUGCCUCGCAAGCGGACCCUCUGGUACCUGCGGAAACACUUACGUCGAAACGCCCAUGUCAGGACGGAGCCGGGCAAGUAUUCCAUCUUUUGCUUACGAGCCCUGGAACGAGCACUGAGCAACGGAGAACGAGCGUGCAAGCCUUCUCGCAUGGAAGUGCUCAGCAUAUUGCUCAAGAAUCCUUUCCACCAUUCCAACCCACACAGCAUUCCAGUACACUUCCUCAAUGGCACAUACUUGGUGGUUGGGUUUGACGGCUCGACGACGGUGGAGGAGUUCAUUCAGACCCUCAACACGGAGGCUGGGAUCCGCGACACGUCGCAAUCGGGCUUCGCCCUCUACAGCGACGAUCCCAUCGACAAGACGGUCGAACACUGCCUCAACCACUCCACUAAGAAGCCAGAAUCUCUCCUUUCGGAAGAGCCCUUUUUGCACUGUUCCAUCAAGCUCUGCGACAUCAUCUCGAGAUGGGAGCAGGCGUUACGCGAAAAACAGUUGGGCAAGUUCGAGAACACACGCGUCAUCAAGCUCACUUACAAGAACAGGUUGUGCUUCCAUCAGAUGCUCAAGGCAGAAACAGAUAAGGAGCGGUUGCUGACGGCCUACUACAUCAACGAGGAGGUGAUACAGGGCAAGUUCCCCCUCACCAAGAACCUGUCUCUCGAACUGGCCGCAUUAAUGGCGCAGAUCGAAUUCGGAGACUACAACGGUGGACGGGCCAGCGGCACACCCAAGCUGGACCCGCUACAGCAGCUUCAACAAGUGGUGGACAGUUUCUUUCCUCGCCAGUUCGUCAAACCCAACCAGGAAAAGUGGACGAUGGAAGCCAUCAGAGACAAAUGGGAGACCCUCAAAGGGCGCAGUGUUCAGGACUGCGUACGCAUCUACCUCAACUGCGUACGAAAGUGGUCGUACUGCGGAGCCAAGCUCUUCCACGCUAAACUGAAGACAAAGGAUCAACAACCAGUGUGGUUAGCAGUCACGGAAGACGGCGUCUCCCUGCUUAGCUCUGUAAACAUGCAACCAUGGACGACGUACCCGUACUCCUGCAUAAUGACUUUUGGUGGCUGUCGAGAUGACCUCAUGCUCGUCGUCUGCCCCAAGGAUGCGGACGCCUGCACCGAGAAACUCCUGUUUGCUAUGGCCAAGCCAAAGAUACUGGAACUGACUUUGCUCAUCGCCGACUACAUGAACGCCCUGAAAACGGCGACUCCAGCAUCGCCGCUUACCGGCACCCUGAGCCGACUGGAACACACCAGGGCCAAAGUCCGAAGUACCGACACGAGCCGUCGUUCCGAAUUUGGGAGCUCCUGACAGUCGCCUUCCACGACUCCGCGGAAGAAACGGGACUCGUCUGCUACUCACGGUCGAGCGACUUGGAAGUAGUCACCGGCCAUUGAGUGAACGUUACGUGGGUAAUUGAGUAGAGACAGAGGCUCAAUUGAUCGAGCACAUUCCAACGAUGUGACAAAAGGGUUGCAUGGGGGUGAGGAGGAGGGCAUCUAGGGGCAACAGAAUUGCCCCCCCUUCUAAGAAAGGAAGGUAAGGUGGGCGCUGCACCGGUUGAAUGGUCAUGCCCAAACGUGUCACAAAGUGCUGAGACAAGAAUUGCGACCGCUUAUGGAGAAUGCUGAAGAGUACAGAAGGUGUGUUGCUAAUAUUUAUUUACCCAGAGAGGAAAUUAUGAUGAGUGAAUAUAAGAAAGCCUCUUGUGAAUGGAUGCAUUGAGGGAUCUGCGCACGAUCUUAAUCUCGAGGAGGGGAGAGGGGCGAAUUCUGUAGGGGCGUGUCACACCCGUAUCUGCCGCAAAGCCAGUAAAAAGGCUUUAGGUCGCGGUCCUGAAGACGUACUGGGGAAUUCCAGCUCAAGUGUCCCGAUCGCGUGGCUCGACGAUCGCCAGUUUUCGCGAUAUAAGUUUAUGUUGCUGCCUAUUAUGUAAGUGUGUACCACAUAUAAUAUUUUUUGGGGGGAACUGCAUAGUAGCUCCGAAGUCCAACCCUGUAGCGAAAAGUUGGGCGCACUAGAACAGCCGUGGAACAACGGCCACUUUAGAUUAAUGAAAUUUUUAAAAAUUUAAAAAAUUAAUAAAAUUUAAAUUGAAAAUUCAAAGGUUAGCGCAUUACCUGCAUCCACGCCCGCUUUCACAAGCAUUCUCUCGCGUCUCGUGGCUUAGGAAAAAAAUGCUAAACCUUGCACAGUUUCUGCACAUUUCAUUGUUGGGAAACGGACGAAUCCGAUGCUCGUGCCAAGUGCGGACGUGGGGUGGGGUUAGUGCUAACCCUCCCAAAGGCAGACCCCCUUUCGAAUAUCUCACGAAUAUAAAGUGGAUCUCGAAUCUCGAAUAAAGUGGAAUCUCCUGAAUAUAAAACUGGACGCCUGAACUGGAAUGACCCUAUUGCCGCAGAAGUAGAAACUGCACAGCUCCUGUGCGUAAAGGGGGCCGUGAGAACCGUUGGUGGCCCCUCAGCUUGAAAUGAUCGUUGCGCCUUUACAAGACAUACCUUAUAGAUCACACACGCUCGCAACGAUCCCGUAAUAGUUGUGUUGCAUUAACUCCAGGAUGUGCGAGUAGCACGAAUUGACUCGCGAACGUUUGUAUGUACGCCACAAAAAACAUUGAAGGAACAGUUCAUUUUCCGCACGUGAAUUGUCAUGCUCGUGUGCGCAGAAGUGCACAUCCAUCUUACGUGAAUCCUCUGUGCAUAGUCAGGGUACGUACCCAACCACCAGCUGGUGAGAUCAGAGGUGCUCGUUGACGGGUUCAGUUCAGUUCAGUCAAUCAAUCAAUCAAUCGAGAGCUUUAUUUCACUGAAAUACAGAGUGGCACUUGGAGCAAAAAGCUGCAUUAUGCAGCUUGAAGUUCAAUGCAUUCACUCACACCUGGGUACUUUUAUGGGAGAAUAUGCUAUAUGCCACCAUUGUCAGUACUCGAGAAGUGGUGCUAGUGUACAAGGUUUUAGUCAUCCUCACAAGUACCAUGCAGGAACUGAUAAAAAUUCCUCAAAUGCUCUCCCUAUCUGCAAAGCCUUUUUCUUUCGUUGGUUACGAGGGCACUUUCACUCCACUAUGCUGUGGUGCUAUUUUACAGUACCUCUUAUCUUUUGGCACCUUAUCUGUCUGUUGCUUUUUUUUAUUAGAGAAAUUAUUCCAACACCUUUUAGCCUCAGAAUACGUGCCUUUCAGUAUCAUUCCUACAAGGACGUUCAAUUACUGCUAAUUGCACGCUCCAGACAAAACAUUUCCCUGCAGAUGCAACGAAAUCCUAAUACGGCAUUGAAACUGGGUUAUAUGGUGUCUCGAAGGUGGAAACCACAUUACUGUUGUUUUCUUGUGUUACGAAUGGUAACUUCAUGAAAUCAGCAGUGCUUGUUUGUGAACUGACUGUCAUAGACUUGCUGACAGAUAGCAGCUAAAUACAGGGUGAAUGUAGCAAAGGCUGCAUAUUUUGAUUGAGUUUUAAAAAUACGAGAUAACGUCUCU